AGGGCGCGCCCGGACAGCUCUACUUUCUCCUGGCAUUCCCGGCCAUGGCGCUACUGGAGCUCCACCACACCACGGGCUCGGAGGGCUACCGGGAGGCCGCCCUGCGCGUGCUCGACUUCCUCAGGGGCUGCGCUGGGGUCUUCGAGAGCCCGAUGGCGCACAAGGUGGCGCGAGCAGCCGCCAUGGCGGGAGAUGCCGAGACCGCCCGGAGGAUCGCGGACUUCUUGGUGUCGCAGCAGCGGGAGACGGGCUGCUACCAGGAGGACCCCGAGGCGAUGGACUCCAUAGACCAGACCGCCGAGAUUGCCGUGUGGCUCCUCCAGAUCCAGCGCGAGCUGGACCCCCCGGUCCCCAGUCCGGCUGUGGAACCGCCGGGGCCACGGGUAGCUGGGUGACCGCGGGAGCGUCGCGCCGCGCCCCGUACGGGGGGAGGUGGGAAAGACUUUUACAUCACGUGAGGGCCCGCCCCGCGUGAGCGCGUCACCAUUGGACCCCCCCCUCCUCCUGGGCAGGCGGAGGACUGACGGGAGCGGCGCGCGCGCGACCUCGCCCUGCCAGCUCCCGCGCCCCCGCGCCCCGCGCGGAGCACGCCCGGGAGCCCGCUUCCUCCACCA